AUGGAAAAUCACGAAGCCGGGCGUGCAGUCAUCACUUGGCUCCGCGAGCAUGACGAGGAAAAGAUGAUCGCGACCUUUGAUAGGAACUUGGUGGUUAAGUUCGGGGUCGAUGCAAUGAAGAGAUUCGUUGACAACGGGAGCAAGCACAAACACAGCAUCCUGCAUGUGCUGGCCAAAGAGGGAAAGGUCCUCGUGUUGAAACAUUUAGUUCAGCGGUAUGGCUUCGACAUGGAUGUUCAGCGUGCUAGUGACCGUUGCACGCCUUUGCACCUUGCAGCCUGGUAUGGCAACCGGAAUUUCGCACGAGCUUUACGCCAGUUAGGUGCAGACCCCAACAUCCAGAACAGCUACGGAGAAGUGCCCGACGUUACGGCCGAGGUUGAGAAGCCAAUUAUGGUCCGUGUUCUGGGCGCAGCUUCCAUCGAAGAUAUCUUGCAGGUCGUUGCAGAGGAGCUUGAUCAGUUCAACCGGCUCGAUGGCAUUACUGCUUUUUAUCAGAUUGGCAACAUGAGCUCCAACUACGACGCAGAAUUCUGCAAUUGGUCCACCAGAGGUCCAGCUGACACGAUGAUGUUCCUGAGAAGCCAACGGAACUACGUAAGUCUGUUGGGGUUUUGCAGAGACUCGCUUUGCACUUCAUGGCGAGACGACAGCGUAACUCUUUGGCGGACAAUGUUGAAGGCAUUGGCAAUGCUACCCGAUCCAGACGUCAUCAUGAGUUUGUCCAACUGGUUAGGCGAGAACCCCAUGCCGUACAUGGAGAUACCUGCCUCGGACCUUGCCGGAGUAGCAUGGGGAAUGGCCAAGAUAAAGAAUGGCGAGAGCAUGUGGCGGGUUUGCCAUGAUCCCUUGGGCGAUGCCCUAGCGCUAAAGCUGUGUGAACUGGCAGAGAGGCAUCUGAGUUCUGCAGUUUGGGCUUUUGCAGUGGCAGGGAGCAAGGGGCAGCUUCGCCACUCGUCGUUCUUCGGAUCAGUUGCAGCUCGAAUCGCUUCACCGCAUAGAGCCGACUUUGUUUCGCCGCAAGCAUGCAGCAUCUUGAUGUGGUCGUUUGCGAAGAUGGAGGAAUGUACGAGCAUCAACGGUGAAGCUUUCCAACGCCUUGCAACCGAAAGCAUGCGCCUUAUGCCAAAUUUCCUCGAUCAAAACGUCGCCAACAUGGCGUGGGGCAUGGCAAGACUGCACCUCAAGUACGAGCCUUUGCUUGCUGCUUUGAUGAAACGGGCGGGUGAGACACUGUACAAUGACGUGUACCGGCACCACGUGAGGAUGUCCGAUACGGUGAAAAAGCUGCAUUGGUUCCAAAUCUACACGGCAUACAUCUUCUGCAAGCAAGAAUGCCCAGCAGCCCUCCAGGCCAUAAGUGAGCGGCUUGCCGGGGACCUGGAGCUUAUCCACUCCGGGGUCCGUACGGCAGAGGGUCUCUCCGAGGGUUCUGGCCUCGAGUCUAUCGAAGCCCUGCGAGAGCUGGACAUCAUGAUCAGCGAAAUGGAGGCCGAGGUCUUGCCUGAUGAGCCGAUGCCGAUCCCCGAAGACAGCAUGGAAGCAGGCGUGUCUCUGCACCCGCAGGAAGAGGCGUCCAAUCGCAACGCGCAGCGAGCAAGCGAACUUCUUGCACACGGGGCACCGGACCGAGAACUGCAGGUCGUCAUUCUCAAGUUCGCCCGGAGUCCUGACGCAUUUCGGAGCGCUUUACUGGAAGGCCCAGAACUUCGCGAGUGUCGUGACUCGCUGGAGGCAGCAGGCUUUCCUGUGGUGCUUGAUUCAGCUGCCAAGAUCUUCGUAAAGCCCCUGCACUACUUGGCCGUUGUUGAAGCCAUCAGCACCACGCGCCUUUAUUCAUCUCACGUGAUCGUGGAAGAGGAGCUUGAAAGCUUGGUCCGGACUGCAAUCUCAUCGACUCGCAGCAAUUAUCGCGUCGUUACACGUGGCAGGGUCGCACUGCAGGCAGGGCAACCAAGGACUUGGGAUGAGAUCUCUGAGCACAUGAGUUUUCGAAUCGAGAGAACAUUCAUCACAGUGCGGAUCCCAGCCGACUCCCUUGUUUCGGAGUCCAUGCGUCGCGGAACGCAGUCGGCGUAG